CGUGGACACACGGAGGCGGGACUUGAGCGGUUAGCCGCAGCACGCACAGAAUGAGCUAGAAGAUGUUCAGUGCAGCGACAUUAUAACUGCUCCUCGAAGACGUGAUUCUGUCCAAAGGAUUUGGAAGCUGCUCACCGCCUAAACGCAGUCUUACAAAGACGGGAUGUGCUGGUCGUGGCCGCUCGUGUCUGCGCUGGUGCUCUGCUCGCUCCUGUCUGUGGGGACGGUGAGGACGGCGCCCUGUCACACCUGCCGCAGACUCACAGACAGCUUCAUCAAGGGUUUGGAGCGAACAGCCAAUAAGAACUUCGGAGGAGGGAACACAGCUUGGGAAGAGGAGAAACUGGCAAAAUAUGCACGCAGUGAGACGCGUCUGUUAGAGAUCGUAGAGGCUGCGUGUGACAAGUCUGACUUUGACUGCAACAGACUGUUGGAGCAGAUAGAGGACCAGGUGGAGACAUGGUGGUUUCACAGACAGCAGGAAGCUCCAGACCUGUUCCAGUGGCUGUGCAUUGAGGAGCUCAGACUGUGCUGCCCACCUGGACACUACGGGCCUGAAUGCACAGAGUGUCCGUCAGGUCCCGGUGGAGUGUGUGGAGGUCUGGGCCGCUGCGAGGGCGAGGGCACACGUCUGGGAGACGGAGACUGUGUUUGUGACCCGGGAUACUCAGGCGUUCUGUGUCAGGACUGUGCUGACGGAUACUACAGAGAAAAGAGCUCCAAUCACACACAGCCGCCCUGCUCAGCUUGCCAUCACUCCUGUAAAAAGUGCACAGGACCACAAGACAACAAGUGUCUGGACUGUAAGCCUGGAUGGAUGCUUCACAGCAACAAGUGUGUCGAUGUGGAUGAAUGCGGCACUGAAUUGGCUCACUGUCCAUCCAACACGUACUGCUUCAACACCGACGGCUCUUAUGAGUGCAGAGGCUGUGAUCAGGCGUGCGUGGGCUGUAUGGGAAGCGGACCUGCUCGCUGUAAGAAAUGUGCUCGAGGGUUCAGACUCACUGGAGCAAAGUGUCUAGACAUCGACGAGUGUUCGGAGAGAGCCAUCACAUGCCCUGGACUCAAUGAAGCUUGCAUUAAUGAGGAGGGAUCGUUCCGGUGCGAGUGUGCCGAGGGCUUCAUUCGACGGGACAGCAUCUGUGUGGAGAAUCUGCCCCCGACGGGGCCAGAGAAGGGCUUGUUUGAUGACAUGACGGAUGACGAGGUGCUCGUGCUGCAGCAGAUGUUCUUCGGCGUGGUGAUCUGCGCUCUCGCUACUCUAGCAGCCAAAGGAGACAUGGUCUUCACGGCCAUCUUCAUCGGAGGAGUGGCUGCCAUGGCAGGAUACUGGCUGUCGGAGAAGGGCGACCGCGUGCUGGACGGCUUUCUUAAGGGACGCUGAUGGACAGGGUGAUGCUCUGGGAAUGCAUGUCAAUCAGGGACGUUUAGCACCGGGCCGGAGUGGCACUAGCACUGCUGCUGAUUAAAGCUCUGUGGAUGAUGAUGAUGAUGAAGCUCAUUGAUAACACUGUGUUUCAACAGUUCAGCUGCUGCUGUAUUUAUGAGACUCCGCACGGUUAGUAAUGGAUAUGUCUGUCCAAACCAAGAGACGUACUGUAUGCAACUCAUUCAGGUAGAGGAACCGAACACGCUGCCAUUCCCACUACAUUAUUGUCAUUUACACCCAUUUAUACAUGGAGACUGUGCUUCUUUUAAAAAUCCGUCCCGAUGCAUAAAACCAUUUAUUUGAAAGAUUUCUGAAGUGACACAAGAAAUCUAGUUUGAUACGCUGCCAAAUGCAUGAAUGCAGCACCGUCACAGAAGAUGUCCAGUGUGUUCGCUCUCAAACCGGGAUGUGUGUGUGUGUGUGUGUGUGUGUGUGUGUGAGAGAGAUAAAGUAGUGUCUUCAACAUCAAAGGCAAAACACAGGGCUCCCACACCUUUUGAUCAAUGAAUUUCCAUUAACACUGGAUAAGGUUUUUAAUCUAUUUCUUGAUUUAGAUCAGUUUGUGUUUGUCACAAACAAGUCCUCACUGUGGAUUUCACUCAAUGCAAUAUCUGCAGAGCACAACUAGAAAAUGUGAGAUUUUACUUGUAGGUUUUUGUUAAAUAUCAAGACCAGGAAAACACUGAAACCAUCAUUUUAAAGCUGUGGAAGCCUGUUUUAAAUAUGCAGCUGGUAGAGUACAGUGAUGAAUGUGAUUCUCUGUUCAGCUGAGAGUACUGUACCUGCAGAUUCAGCACAUGUGGCCUUCCAGUCAUCUCCUUGACAGAUGCUUUUAGUUUCGGCACUUCAUCAUAUCGUAUCUGCAUGCUUUAACUUCUGCUUUAGAUGAAAAUGCAGAAAUGUUUCAUCUUGUUUGUCAUAUUUAUUUUCUGUCUAAUGUGAAUCUGCCCUACAGCUGAGAUGUGGGCAUGACUUCUGCCAGCCUUAAUGUGAAGUGUGUUUGGAGUUGUUUUAUCACUUGUUGUAAGGUUAGGGUGGAAGACAUUUAUCUAAUUAAAAACCUAUUGAACUGA